AGGGCCCGGUUCCAAGGGGGCGUCAAGACGGCUUAACAGGGCACCGUGACUGCCGACGGUGCCCUUUCCGUAACCAGUUUGGCUCAAGGGGUCAAGUUUUUUCUGACUCGAGCCGUUGAUUGAGUUUUUGGGCAGCUCAAACCUGAGUGUGUUCGGGCUGAGGCUCCGAGGUGAACGGUGCGCGCAGAUGGAGACGGAUCGUGAUCCGCUCAUUCGUGAGGAAGCAUCGGCCACGACGGUGACCAAUUACCAAAACGAAGUUCCGCAUGGCGCUGUUGCCGCUGAUCGCCAUGUCCGCAUCUAUCCUUGCGGCCCUUUUUCUGGAGUGCCCGCACGGCCGAGAGACCGCUGUAUCUCUCAGGUAUACGGCGAAUAUUUCCCAAACGUGGUACCGUUUCCGCAGCUUGCCAGGGACCUCAUCGAGUCUGUUCUGGAUCAGGCAGAAAAACAUUGGAAGACAUGGGCCAUGCUAUGACGUCAGCAGAAGAGUCAGUCAGCCUUCCGUCUGUGGCCUUCCAGUUCUUCGAGUACGCCAGCUUCCCAAACCAAGAGCAGGGCCGAUCCUUGGCCGCUGCGGGCCGCGAAAGUUUUCAGAAGAUGAUGCCCGACUCGAACGGCUGGGCAGUGGAGGGCGGUCUCGGAGAUGUUGACCCCGACCUCCACUGGUGUUUGGAUGGUGAAGAGCGCACUUCUUCCGCUUCCUGUCCACAGACGCGAGUAGAUCAUGCAUGCGAGUUCGUCGGCUCGGAGCAGCUGGCCGGCGAGGAGCAGCUCCACUUAAUCUUAAAAUGCCCAGUAGAAGACGAGCCCGCUAAGUUCCAGGACUUGCACUGUUGGCAGCACAAGAGAACCACCAUACCGUUUGCGAUCUUGAUGCCCAAUGGGACGCUGAAUAUGUUCGACCUCAAGGCUUCCAAGAUACUGGGUGAGGACACUGCCCCGGUGAUGGAGGCCGAUAUCGAGACGAAACAGUUAGGGUCGUCGGUUGCGCAAUCGUCCCGGCCUUGCGGCCUGCAGGCUGUUACGGACAGCGAUCGCGGAUUCCAGUAUGGUGCUCAGGAUCGUUUCCAAGUGGAGGGACUUGGAGCCAGCACAAAUUGAACUCUUCAAGGCCUGUGCGGCUACCGACACGCCCGAAGUAGUAGACGAGGAGGACGUCGCCCAGAUUGCCCUUGCCGCCAGCGGGCCGCCCUCGCGUGUGCAGAGGUUCGCCGCCUACCUGCAGCGCUCCGACUUCCCAUCGGGAAUGCCGGACGCGUGUCGUAGCAACUGCCCAGAGCUUGUGGAUCAGAUGGUGGACCUCGCGAAUGGCCACCCGGGGCUGUCGUGCGACGACAGGUCUGCGCGCGACGACGCCCUCGAGUUGCUGGGCUGCUGGUUCGACCGGGCGGCGCCCUCGUGGAGGGGCCGCGCGAAGCUCCGGGGAGUCUGCACGCAGAGCAAGCUUGGAUCCAUCAUCCUGGCUUACGUCAACUGCACCACGCAGCCUGAUCUUGAAGACGUCAGAAGAUUGCUGCACGCGGGUCUCGGAGGUUCUGUUUCGAAGGCUGCCAUCCGCGCGACGAGCCCGUCAACGAUCAGCCUCAGCCAGCGACAUGAGUUGGUCGAUGUGAACUUGAAUGGUGGCGACGACGACGGCGAGGACGUAACAACCUCCUCUGGCGGUAUCAGGAGACUGGCACCCCAGAAUCCGUUCAAAUGCUCGCAGGUCAUCAACCCGCCUCCCAUACCUGGACCUGCGUGCCCGAAUGGCGGCUUGGAGAAGUACAGCCAAUGCUGGCACUUUAGUAAGAGGGGGACGAAUUGCGGCGAAACUUGCCUCCUACAAAACUCGUAUUACAUUGAUUUGUCGUCAACAGUUCGCUUGGUCAGGAGCCCAUCAUUCCGCAGUUGAAACCCUUAGGUGACGACGUAGAUAAGCGGGGACCGUGGGCACCACUUGAGGCUCUGUGCUCGGCCGGCGACGAGCAUUUUUACCACGCCGCUAGCAUAGUGCCGCCCAGUGACGCGACAAGGGAUAAAUUCGACGAGGAGCCCUCCAUCUUCACAGACGGCCGUUGUCAGCUGUCAUGUCCUUGCCAGACACCUGAGCAGCAGCAAGAUGAGUUGGCGGUGCUCCAGAAGUUUUCCGGCGCGGGUGGCCAUUUCCCUUUGUCCAAUUUGGCGUGUGUUAGCAUAGAAGUCAAGGUUUCACAGCGGGCGAAGCUCGCACUGGAAAUUGCUCUGGGUCCUAUCUUCUCUUUCGCGGCAUCAGGAACUGGCGAUGUAUUGAAGACGUUUCCAAUCAUUCCCGCUCGUCCAUUUUACGGUGCAGUCACAGUCUCGGGCCAGAUUCUGGUUGACGUAUUAAAGUUUGACCCUCUCGACCCAGACAGAAGCGUGCGCUUGCUUGGUUGGUUCGGCCUCGCUAGAGUUUGAUUCCGGCAUCGAUCUUAAGAUCAUUCAGAUUAGUUUGCCGAAGGCGGGAUUGGAGGUCGGUGUCAAAUACGACCCGAACAUUCCAGGCUGCGCUGCAAUCGUGUACGGGAUGAUCUUUGUUCAGUUUCUGAUUCUCAAGUUGUCAAUGGAGCUUCAGUGCCACGCACAGUUUCAGGCAUUGAGUUUGCACCUGCACUUGUCGGUUAACAUCAAUAUCCUGUGGUGGUCUAUCACAGAGGAUAUCGGGUCUUUUAGGCUGAUAGGAUGCUCCAAGAGCCCUUGCAGCUCCCCGUACCCAGGCAUGUAUGUAGAUACCUUCCGCGGCCGGUUUUUAACUAUUGCGAAGGCCUCACGGCCAUCCCGCCCAUUCCUCCAUCAUUGUACUCCUCCCCAUCGAUCCGAGGAGGAGAGCGGGCAGGGGACAGCCCUCUGGGCCCGCACUCGGCUCUUCCCCUCCCGCCCGAGCCCGUCCAGAAGUGCGACCGGCAGAGGGGCGGCGGGCCCUCUCUCUCUCCAGGGCCCGCGGCCGUCGCUGCCCGCCGCGCAGGCUUUGAAUGCUGCGACCGUGGCGCCGGGAGGGCGCCAAUGAGCGUUCAAUUGUUGAAGGGGGGCGUUGUCAUUUUCCUUUCCUUUCUCUCUCGCUCUCUCUGUCUCGUCGGCGUGGCCGCAGCGACGGCCCUCUGGAGCGAUCGGAGGGGCCUCGGAAAAAGUGACUGCAGACGAUGCCCCAAGACCAG